CGUCUUAUAUUGAUUAGAUGUCAAUGCUUAAAGCUUUUGUCACUGUCAAGCAUUUGUGCUAUAAAAGCGCUUGGCCAACUGCAGUCUCUGUUUACUUAUCGAAAUGCGAGCACCGGAGUGGAUGAGCGCUGAGAUAGAGCGUCUAACACUGAAGCUGGAACGCUAUAAGCCCGCGGGUAGCGGCUACAGUCGGAUACAAUCUAUACGCCUGUCCAAGAGCGUUACACAAAUGCUGAAUAAUCCUUUGCCCACGGCUGCUGCAACAGUUACCACCGCCAGGCGCAAGGAUGUGACGCCAGAGAGCUCAAGCCUAACACCACGUAGACGAGGCGUGCUCAGUCGCAGCGAGUCCGAGUGGGAGGAAGUGUAUCCAGCAGUGAAAUUUAAUCGUCAACUGAGCAAAGAAAGCAGCAGCAGUCUGGAUAGUGAUGAGAGCAAAUUUACACAUUACCGUAACUGCUCAACGCGAAUUAAUUAAGCUUUUUAAUUUAGUGUAAGAUUAAUUUAAAUAAAAUUGUA